AUGAGUGGUCAUCAUAUACCAAAACCUCUAAAUCAUAGUAUCUACCCAUUCUCAGUUGCUUAUGUCGGUGAUGAAAAAUUAGAAAAAUACAAUCAAUUAUCAGAAAAAGUUUUACGCUCUCUAUUAUAUUUGUAUAAACGGUAUGCCAAUGAGUAUGACUGGUUUCUGAAAGCAGAUGAUGACACAUAUGUGAUUAUUGAAAACUUACGACAUUUUCUACGACGAAAACUAUCUAAUGCCACUGGAUAUUUUGGGUACAUUGCCAAGACGCGUGAUCGUCUGUAUCCAUCGGGUGGAGCCGGAUAUGUUUUAAGUCAAACAACGUUAAUAAAAUUAGGCGAGGAAAUAUUGACUAAACCGGAAAAACGUAAAUUGUGUCACGAGAAUGAAGCAGAAGAUAUUAAUUUAGCCUAUUGUCUUGCUCGUAUAAACGUAUUUGUCACUCAUACAAGAGACAACAAUCAAUUAGAAACAUUUCAUCCGAUGACCUUUGAAGAACAUUUUCUAGGCAAAUUUACACGUUGGAUUGAAAAUAAUUCACAGUAUGAACAAAAAAAAGGCGAAAAAUGCUGUAGUAAUUUUACAAUUUCAUUUCAUGGCAUGUCAUCACGCGACAUGAAAUUACUUCAUUACCUUUUGUAUCAUAUUCAAAUAGCACAAAGUUAG